UAACAACCUAUCCUCAUCCUCAAGUAUUGUCAAAUGCAGAAACCCCCACCUCAUAUCCUCAUCAUGUCAUAAAAGGCCUAGUCUAUUAAGUAAUAGCAAAUGUAAAUGAAAAUCUCAUCUGUAUAAAAGAAGUACAUUAAAUCCAGAUCUAUAUCUAUUCUAUGGAUUGCCAAAAAGAAAGAAAGAUGGAGAUUGAUAGCUAGGAUAAAGAGGCUCUGUGAAUGUGUUGUGAGGUUUUAGGGAUUGGAAUUUGGAAUGCCCAUGGCUGCUGCUACAACUGCAAAGCUUGCGCAGCCACCAAUCCCAUCUUGUUCCCAAGUGGUCCCUCAAAUAGGCACUAGUAUGACAAAGAUGAUGAUGCUGAUGAUGAUGAGAAGUCAUAGGCCAUUCUCAACCACUCAAUCAAUGAAGAAGAAAAGUAGUACAAGAUUUGGAGUUGGAGAACAGAGGAGAAGGAGGAGGAGCUCUUCUUCUGGCUGCUUACUUGGAAGUGAAGAAGACCAACAACAACAUAAAGUAGCAGAAUCAUCAUCAUCAACCCCCACACCAACCCUUAUCAAACAAAACCUUUCUCUGGCAUUACAAGGUAUAAACAGAGGUAUUUUUGGAGUUCCAUCUGCAAAGAAAUCUGAGAUUGAAGGUCUGGUCAAGCUGCUGGAGUCUAUGAAUCCAACUCCAGACCCUACCCUCUUUCUAGACAAGCUGGGUGGAUGCUGGAAGCUUGUUUAUAGUACGAUAACAAUCCUGGGAUCAAAAAGAACUAAGCUUGGAUUAAGAGAUUUCAUCAGUUUGGGGGAUUUCUUCCAAACCAUUGAUGUUAGUCAGGGUAAAGCAAUUAAUGCGAUCAUGUUCAAUGUAAGGGGUUUGAAUUUGUUCAAUGGACAGCUCAAAAUUGAAGCCUCCUUCAAUAUUGCAUCCAACUCAAGAGUUGACAUAAAAUACUGCAACUCCACGAUCACCCCGAACCAGUUGAUGAAUGUCUUCCGGAAAAACUAUGAUCUUCUGCUUGACAUCUUCAAUCCGGAGGGCUGGCUUGAAAUCACCACGUAGAUAUGUUGAUGAUACCCUGAGGAUCGGGAGAGAUGAUAAGGGCAACAUCUUUAUACUUGAGAGAUAUGAAGAGAACAAAACUUGAGGAAUUUUCUUUGCUUUACAACUCAGCUACCCAAAAUGGAGAGAGUUCAUUUUUUGGAGCACUUGGACUUGUCACUCACUGAUACAUUUUUACAUACAUAAAUUGAAAAUAUUGGAGUGUGAAUAUUACAUGCCUGCAAUGGUGAAGAGGCUAUUCAAUUAAAAUUUUCAAUUUUUAGGUUCGAUU